GGAGGAUCACAAAAACAAAAUUAAUUUAUCAUUAUUUGAAAUAACUCACUAAACAAAAAAAAAAAAAAAAUGUCAUCUCCCUCAAAAACCGAAGCCAAGAAGGACCAAUUUGUUGGUAACGUCAAGGAAAAUGUUGGUAGUGCUGUAGGCAAUGAAUCUUUGGAAGCCAAGGGUAAAACUCAACAUAAUGCGGGUGUUGUACAAGAAACUGCUGCUACUGUGCAAAGCUUUGUUGAAGGUGCUAUGGAUCAAGUCUCAGGUGCUGUCAAGGGUGCUUAUAAUUCUGUUACUGGUAAUACCACGGGUGAAGCUGGUAACAAGGUUCAAGAAAAGAAGGGUGAAGCCCAAAAGAACCUCAAUUCUUAAAAUCCCUAUAACUAAACAAAAUUUUUGUAAAUAAAAAAAAAACCAAUACCUUUCUA